CAUUUCCGAGCGCCAAUAGGGCGCCGAUCAUAGUAGUGUGAUCUGUUCCUAAAGUUCGGUCUUGAUUUCCCUUGUGAACUAUGGAGAGUGACUUUUACCUGCGUUACUACGUGGGUCACAAAGGCAAGUUCGGUCAUGAGUUUCUGGAGUUUGAAUUCCGACCUGAUGGAAAACUGCGAUAUGCCAACAACAGCAAUUACAAAAAUGAUGUCAUGAUCAGAAAGGAGGCUUAUGUACAUAAAAGUGUGAUGGAGGAAUUGAAGAGAAUCAUUGAUGACAGUGAGAUCACCAAGGAAGAUGAUGCUCUGUGGCCCCCUCCUGACCGAGUAGGCCGGCAGGAGCUUGAAAUUGUCAUUGGCGAUGAACACAUUUCUUUUACAACAUCAAAAAUUGGUUCCCUUAUUGACGUCAACCAGUCAAAGGAUCCAGAAGGCUUACGAGUGUUUUAUUAUCUUGUCCAGGACCUGAAGUGUUUAGUCUUCAGCCUUAUUGGAUUACAUUUCAAGAUUAAACCAAUCUAGAUUGGAUAUUGUGGACAUGAGAGGGUGGGAAUUUUUAGUUACCGUAAUUAGGAAUUUUUUCUGUAUAUUGGGGCAAUUUUUAUAAACAAUAAAUGAUGGUCUUUAACAAAUGUGAUAACAUCUACUUUUUGUUAUUUUUCUAAACA